ACACCGUCAUUAAUUAUGAUUACUAAGUGUUGAAACAAAUAUUAAUCCAGAGUUUAUUUGUUGUAAUCACUAACUAAUGUUUAGUUAAAGUAUUCAAUUAGUAUACAAAAAAAUAUUUAUGGAGCCUAUUACAAUAAUUUUACAAUUAUGUUACAUAACGAAAUUUAUGGUGGUUGCAAGAAAAGUGCUCGAGGAAAAAAUAAAAUCAGUGGGUGGUGUUGAACAUGCGAUGCCGAUCGCCCCUUUUAGUAUGCCUCCGGAGGAAAUCGAAUGGCGACUGAAAGACGAUGAUGUUAUACCCGACGUAUUACCUCGCAGCCCCACUUACCCUAUUAAUGUCUCGUACGGUCCUGGCAUCAGGGCGAACUUUGGGAAUGACCUGGAGCCCGAUGAAGUGAAGAAAGCACCAAUGCGCGUCGCUUGGCCAAUAAUUAGGGGUCGCAACUAUACAUUAAUAUUGACCGGGGCUGAUGAUCCAUCAGCUGGAAAUCCCAUGAAUCGAGAGUUUUUACAAUGGCUUGUAGUUGACAUAGCGGGCUGUGAUUUGGCAGUCCUCAAAGGCAGAACACUUUGUGAAUACGUGCCCUUACAAAUGCCACCCGAUACCGGUAUUUAUCGGUACGUUUUCACCGUGUACGAGCAGCCAGAUAUAACACCAGAGUGGCGGGAACCAAUAAUUCAUGAAUAUGAGGACAAACAUCGCCUAAAUUUAUAAAACCAGAAAUUCGCGCAAAAGUACAACUUAGGCGAUGCGUAAGUAACAAAUUACUUCACCUCACAGCACAUACCACCUGACGAUGACGGUCCUGGGGUCUCAGCUUAUGAUAAGGUAAUACUGAAACCUGAUUUCGGAUGGGGUAGAACGUGAGCACCAACUCCUGAAAGAUUAUUGAUAAGACUGGCCUUUCGUCAGUAAGAUUAGGAGCAUUUACACAGUACGAUUAUGCAGAUAUGAACCACCAGACGACCAACUGGGAUCAAAUUAAAGCAUCAGCAUCUCGGCACCUUCUGGCAAAAGUAUAACAAGCGCCACGCGACGUUUCAACAUUUCCGUCGCCAUUUUAUAUUUUUACAGAGAAAUUGUUGGUUGAAUCUGUUUGAAAAUUUUAACAAAUUUUAUUGACAGCACAAGAAGUUCAGUUAAAUUUUCGGACAUCUUCUUUGAACAAUAAUUUCUCUAUAAAAAAAAUAAAAUGGUGCCGGAAAUGUUUAAACGUCGCAUGGCGCAUGUGAUACUUAGGCAAGAAGGUGACGAUGUCAAGAAACACAUGCAAACCACUUAGCUUUAUACGCUUUCUUAAUUCCCCCCCCCCCCCCCC